CUUGCAUUGGGACACCCCCCCCCACUGCCCCCAGCCCAUUUUCUCCGGAGCCAUGAAGCUGAUCCUGGUGCGCAAAUUCCGCGUUCUCAUCCUGCUGGUCUUCCUGGUGGCGUGCACUCUGCACAUCCUCGUCGAUCUGUUGCCCAAGCUGGAGAAGCGAGCCGCGGGGGCCGAGGCCGGGGCGGCGGACGCUAGUCAGGGCUGCUCCUGCUCGCACACCGCCGCCGCCGCCCAGCCGGGCCAAGAGCGUGGCAGCUGGCCCAAGGAGGCUCCGCCGCCGUCUUCGCUGGAGCCGGAGCCGCCUCCGCCGGCGGCGGCGGCUGCAGCAGCAGCAGCAGCUCAGGAGGAACCCGGCCGGCCCGAAGCCGGCGCCUCGGAGGCGGCCGCGGCAGCCGCGGGCUGGCCUAGCAAGCACACGCUGCGCCUCUUGCAGGAUUUCAGCAGCGAGCCCAGCUCCAAUCUCAGCUCGCGCUCCGGGGAGAAAGGGCCGGGCCACGCCGAGCAGCAGCCGCAGCAGCAGCAGCCGCCGCCACCGUCGCCGCUUCGAGCCUUCAGCGCCGGUCCGGAGCUGGGCGGCGCGUUCCGCGCGAAAGGGAAAAGGAGAGUAGGCGACGGCUUGCAGAACGAGCCCCACUCGCCGCCGUUGCUGCCGGCUUUCCGGGAGGAGGCAGAGGAAGAGGAGGCGGCGGGGGUGGCGGGGCCCGCGGGCGCCGGCUCUCGCCUGGCCGCCCUCUUCGCCCACCCGCUCUACCAGCUGGCCGUGCCGCCGCUGGACGAGGCCGACCUCCUGUUCAACGUCAACAGCGACAUCCGAUUCAACCCCAAGGCGGCGGAGAAUCCCGAGUGGCAAAAUGAAGCUAAUGAAGAUGAGGACUUUCUGCCCACGGGCGAAACGUCCGUCGAUUCCUAUCCGAACUGGCUCAAAUUCCACAUUGGUAUUAAUCGGUACGAGCUAUAUUCCAGGCACAACCCAGCGAUUGGCAUUUUGCUACACGAUUUGGCUGCCCAGAAAAUCACCAGUGUUGCCAUGAAGUCGGGAGGCACCCAGCUCAAACUCAUCAUGACAUUCCAGAAUUAUGGACAGGCCUUGUUCAAGCCAAUGAAGCAAACGAGAGAGCAGGAAACCCCUCCUGACUUUUUUUAUUUUUCCGACUAUGAGAGACACAAUGCUGAGAUUGCAGCAUUUCACCUGGACAGGAUCCUAGAUUUCCGUCGCGUCCCACCAGUUGCAGGCAGACUGGUUAAUAUGACCAGAGAAAUAAGGGACGUUACUCGCGACAAGAAACUCUGGAGGACAUUUUUUAUCUCGCCAGCCAACAACAUCUGCUUCUAUGGAGAGUGCUCCUACUACUGUUCGACAGAACACGCCCUUUGUGGCAAACCGGACCAGAUCGAAGGCUCCAUGGCUGCCUUCUUGCCCGACUUGUCUUUAGCCAAACGGAAAACCUGGAGGAACCCAUGGCGACGUUCCUACCAUAAACGCAAGAAAGCCGAGUGGGAAGUUGAUCCAGAUUAUUGCGAAGAGGUUAAGCAAACGCCACCUUACGACCGGGGUACCAGGAUCUUGGAUAUAAUGGACAUGACCAUAUUUGAUUUUCUGAUGGGUAAUAUGGAUCGACACCAUUACGAGACCUUUGAGAAGUUUGGAAAUAAUACUUUUAUUAUCCACUUAGACAAUGGAAGAGGGUUUGGGAAAUAUUCUCAUGAUGAACUGUCUAUCUUGGUGCCUUUAAAUCAAUGUUGCCGAAUACGGAAGUCCACCUACCUGCGUUUACAGCUCCUGGCCAAAGAGGAGUACAAGCUGAGCCAGCUGAUGGAAGAAUCCUUGCUGGAGGAUAAAAUCGCCCCCAUCUUGUACAAACUGCACCUCGAAGCGAUGGAUCGGAGGCUCCGGAUAGUCCUCCAGGCCGUCAGGGACUGUAUAGAAAAAGAGGGCUACAACAAGGUGGUGGACAAUGACUUUGCCUCCCCUAGGAGCACCGUCACGACCGAGAGGUAGUGAAACGGACAGACUUCCUUCAACUCCGCGGAAGAAGACCGACACGUCGACCAAGCCACCCUCCCAACAGUCUCCUGAAGGACUGUGUAGGCCACGUUUGAAUUCAGUGAAUUCAGAAAUUGCUCUUCUAAUUGUUCUCCAAGUAGCGAAGGGGUAGACUCCGCAACGGGUUAGAAUCUCUUGUGGAAUGAUAGGUAGCUCGCCCACCAAAAGCUCUCGGGACAAUCCACGUGUUCUCAGUGGACGUGGUCAGGCACCUGCCCUCUUUUUCAUCUGGCCUCGCUUGCCUUAGCUUCUAAAUGGUUCUCCAUUGUCAAUGAGGGCUUUGGAGCCCACAUGUGGGCGGAGCUUCUGGCAAGCCCCACCUCCUCCUCCCCACCCCCGUGCUUUCAUUUCUCCUGCGGCCUCCUGUGGUCUCAUAGUCCCCCUUUCUCCUUUCUGCUCCUUCAGCCCACGAGUCCCACAAUCGGACCUCGUCAACCCAGUUGAGAAAACCUUGCAGGAAAUGUUUAAAAAGUCAUCCAUACAUUCUGGAGCUGACUGCAUUUGGAGGAAAAGGCAUCCACUUGUCCUCAUCUCCGUUUUCCCAACAAAUCCUAUCAAAUUAGGAAAAUACAUAUAUAUAUAUAUAUAUAUUGUUAACCAGAACUCCUCACCGGCUGGAGCAACCCAUUCCUUCCCUUCUUUUCCUUUGUACAGGAAAUCCAUCUUUAUUUAAUAUUUUGUAUUUAUAGUGGAGAAUGGGAAAUGCGACCUUUGGAUGAGAGGAAGGGGGUGACGGAUGUCUACCACCCACAAGAAAUGUUCUUCAAGAGAAUUCCAGAGAAGUCUCAGCGGUGGUGGCUGCUGAAGCUAUCCUAGAUCUGAGUCUUGGGUUUGUGGGGGGGGGGGUGGACGUCGCCAAAGAGGUGAAUGAAUUGGGGGUUUUGAAACCGUGCACACUUUACGGGAAAGGAUGAACUGUCAAUAUUCUCCCUAACAAAGGGAGGAGAGGAAGGAUCAGGAAUGGAGAAGGCCUUCACGUGGGUCAACUCCUCUUCCUCCUUUUCUCUUGCUCCCCCCCCCCCCGCUGCCAUCAGUCUCCCACUUCCCCCCCCCCCAGCCUUUCUAAGACUGAUCCAGCUCUAUGGCCAAGCCAAAACCCCACCCCAGAAAGGAUCACCCUCCGGGGAAGGGCAGUAGGAGCGGGACGAUUCGUGCAUCGGCCGAGAAUACUUGAAUGCGGUUUGACAGAGUGACAAGAGUUUCAAAAAAAGCAACCACAGAUAAAUUGUACUAUUUAUCCAUCCGAAAGUAGCAGCAGCUCAUCCUUCUCUUUCUGGACUGUUGAAGCUGAGCUGCUGCUGUUGUCAUGUCUGAUUUUGAUAGUUUUCUUUUAUGUAAAUAUAUACAUAUCCAAGUUUAAAAAAAACACAGAUUAAAGGGGAAAAAAAACCAAGAAGCUGCUUUCAGCGGCUGUAGACUUUUAUGGCUUCCUUCCUUUUCUUCCUCCCUCUCUCACUUCCUUCCUUCCUUCUCUUUUUUCCAUCCCCUUCUCUUUCCUUCCUUCUUUUUUUCCAUCCCCUUCUCCUCCCUCCCUCCCUCCCUCUUUCUUUCUUUCUUUCUUUCUUUCUUUCUUUCUUUCUUUCUUUCUUUCUUUCUUUCUUUCCUCCUUUCCAUGGAUUUGUUUGCAGUGUGGUCCCAGUGCAAUAAAGAUAUGGCAAAUA